UUGUACCAAAGAUUUUGAUUGGUCUUUUAAAGUAAGUCGCCAUUUUACCGCGAUAUUUGCGCGAAGCGAAAUAAUAUUUUGUACAACAUGUCUGACAUUAACAAGUCACUUUCUGAAGAAGUUGAGGACAAAAAAGAAGAGACCAGUAUGGAAAUAGAAGAUAAAACAGAGAAGAAAGAAGUAGCAACAGAAGAGGAAAAUGAUUCCUCAGAAGAUAAAAAUGUAACAAAAACUAAAGAUGAUGAGGAAGAAGAGGAUGACGAGGAAGACGAUGAGCCUCAAGUGGGACUCCUUGAACAGCCCCUUGUUCUGGAAGAAGGCAAGAAAAGGGAGCGAAAGAAGGUUGAACGUUUGGACAAGGAAAUAAUGCAGCAGCAGCAGGCCGCAGCCGCUGAAUCUGUAAUGGAGAUUAAAGAAGGCAAAGGCAGAGCUCUUGGAGAUAUACCAUUCAUUGAGUUCAUGAUUGGUCGGAAAAAGUGUGAAGACCUUAAACCGUUACAUAGACUUCUGUUUAAGAAACCUGGCAAGCUUCAACUUGUGAAGAAACACCUCCGCCAGUUCAGUGGAUUUCCAUUCUCCACGUCGGAUCAGGAGUACGAGAAGAGGUUACAGCUGAUCAAAACCUACACAAUAUCGAUGCUAAAGGUGGUAGCAGAAGUACUUGACCUCCAGCGAGGCGGCACCAAGGGCGAUCUAGUGGACAGAAUCAUGGAGUGGCUUCAGAAACCGGAAGACUCCGGAAGGAAAAUUCCUCAACCCAAGAAAAAACGCAAGUCCAAAGGUGGAGAUUCUGAGAAGAAGUCAAGGGGCAAGAAGAAGAGUGUAAAGAAAGAGAAGAAGGAGAAAAUGCUAGAGGAUGAUGAAGAGAGUGAGGAGGAGGGUAAGGGAGAUGACUCUGAGGAGGAGGAUGCGAAGGGAGACGACUCUGAGGAGGAGAAAGAGGAGGCAAAGGGAGACGACUCUGAGGAGGAUGAAGCGAAGUUAUCCUCUGACAGUGAAGAAGAGGAGCCCCCAAAAAAGAAGCGGAAGACAUCUAUUACUCCAAAGCCUAAAGAAAAGAAGACAACACCCAAGCCCAAGCCAAAGGCAAAAGCAAAGAAGGAAAAGGCAACACCUAAAAAGAAGGCCUCUCCAAAGAAGAAGGCUAAAGCUGAGACUGAUGAAGUAUCAGAUGUGAGCUCAGAAUCAGACGACGAUGCCCCACUCGUAGGGAAGGCCAAAUCACCACCAUCGAAUGACGAGUUAAAAGAUCUCAUCAAGAAAAUGUUGGAAAAUGCGAACCUGGAACAGGUCACCAUGAAGACUAUAUUAAAAGACGUUUUUGCAAAAUACCCAAGUUUUGAUUUAACAGACAGAAAAGACUUCAUCAAAAAUACUGUUAAACAGAUAAUCUCAUGAAGAGCAAUCGAUGUAGCAUAACUUGUGGCUGAAAAUAACUUAAUCAGUAACAAGAGUGUCUUCAAGACGCGUCUCUGACAGGCAGCUAGCAUGUGACAUUGGAUGUCAACUUCAAAUACAGUGUAUACAGUGUAGUUGUCAUUUACUUAAGUAAAACAAAGAGCUGGUCCUCAAGUUAUCAUAUCAUUGUGUAUGGUGUUGACCCUAGAAUGUCUUAAUUGUGACCAAGUGAUUUUAUCUCAAAGGGAAACUGUUAUACAUAAUGUACAAACUUGUUUUAGGAUGAAUGUCAACAAGUUUUAGUCUUGCAAUUUUAAUAUGUCAGAUGUGGCCUAUAAUCACUUCAGGAUGCUCUUGUUUAUUGGCUCUUAUUCUCAUACCUGAACACAAAUAGACUGGUUUACAAUAUGUCACAGUUACCAAUGAAUGUAUGGCCGAUAUAUGUGAACAGUUGGCAGAUUAAAUGAAAACUAAAUCAGGUGUAUAUCUGUAUUAGUUACCAGUUCUGUUUUUAAGAAAUGUAAAUGUAAUGUAUCGUGUCAUCACUUAGGUUUUUUACAUUUAAGCAUACAACCCCUGGGCUAUUCCAUUCCAAAGAACCCCUCCCAGGGAGGUAAAAUAAAGAAAUUCUACAAUUAUUCUAGAAAUUCCCGUUCAUUUUUCUAACCUAGGUUGUAUACAACAUAGGAGACAGUUCAAAUUUUGUUCUACCUAUUUACGCUUAAUAAACUAAAGGGGGAUAGUUCAAUUAAAAAGGUGCCUACUUCGGAUUGGUUGUAUGUUUAGAUAAAAUCGCUCUAAUUAGUAUAUUGGGUUCAAAUACUUGUGAUCAACUGAUUACCUGGCUAUUAUAUUUAAUUUGGUCAACUGAUUACCUGGCUAUUAGAUGUAAUUUGGUCAACUGAUUACCUGGCUAUUAGAUGUAAUUCAAAUGUAUCCCAAAACGAAAAUUAAAUUGUGCAUUACUGAUAUCGGCUAUUGAAGAGGUGUAAUAGACAUUGCUUUUAGACUUUUAUCUUUUAUGAAUACUGUUGUUUUAAUAGUUUUUUAAGAUGCAUUUAUUUUAUGUAUAAAGAUUUUGUCAAAAGACUUCUGUUAAAAAGUACCUCAUUUGUUUGAAAGUGUUACAUUCGCAUUCAAAUAAAUUAUAUAAUAAAUUAAAAACUUGUGUUCAAAGGCAACAGUAGACCUUCCAUUUUCAACUUGCAUGGUAUUAUACACUUGCCACAUCGGCUCAAUUCAUUUUUUGGCAAUUUUACCAUGGAAAAGAAAAUAUUGUAAACAGACUGCUUUAUUGUAUAAAAUUAAAUAUUGUCAAAUACUGUUGUAAAUAUCUUAUUUUGUCAAUAUGAGUUUAUUAGUUCAUAUGAUGUAUAUAUGUGUUUAGUUUGUGUAUCCUGGCAUAUUUUAAACUUGAUCACUUGUAAAUAAUAUUUUAAAUGUAUCUGAUACAUGAAAGCGUUAAUGUGUUUGAUAUGUUAUCUAUACUUUAAGCAAGGUAACUGAGUCUGACAAACUAUUCUGUCAGACUCAGUUAAGUGUCUGUAUGCUUUUAGUUUCUACUCUACAAAAUGAUUACAAAUAUGGCACAGGUUUGACGAAAUAUUUAUAUCUAAAAAAUAUAAUCAGAAUAUUUUACCAGGUUACAGCCGGGCAUUGCUCAAAAUCUGAAUGAUAUCAAUUUUGUUAGAAAGAAUUUCUCAGAAAAAUCAGUUAAAUAAGUCUUCAAUAUUUUGAAGUGUCCUGUUACUCAACGUACAUAGUAAAUGAGUACUCAGUUGUUGUUUUUAUGAUAACUUUCCUUUUUAGCAUUUGAUUAAUAAAUCAGAAAUUAUAAUGACUGAAUUCUAAUCCGUUGACAUGUGUAUUUAUUUUGUUAAAGUAAUGCUCUCUCCAGUAAACACUUCCAACAUUUAUGUGAUGCUGGUGCUUGGUUUUAAAAGAUAAAAUAUUUUAGCUGUAAAAACCAUAUUGUGUUCCAAUUGUACGGACGCUAUUAACUUUACUGUGUGUUCUUCAAAAUUAUUUUAAAAACUUCAUUUACCAGUACAUGUACCUAAUUCCAGGCCUACUGGAUUUAUAAAUCUAAAAUUUAUAGUUUAUGAUAUAUCCAAUGAACAAUGAUGUUAAAGGUUGAUGUCUAAUGAUCCCUGUUUAUUUUGGUACCAUUUGAAAGGGUUAAUUGUAGCCGUAGAAUAUGUAAAGAUUAUAACGAUAAAAAAUUUGCAAACAUGAUAUUUUGCCCUUGAAAAAUUUAAAAGUAGUCCAUUCACUUUCGAUUUCAGUUGAAAUAAAGAACAAAAAUACAAACUGCCAUAACUUGAUAUAAAAAUACAUUAACGGUCUUCUCUUUUACAUUUUUGUAAACAAUACCCUUUCAAAUGAUACCAAAAUUACAUGGGUUCACUGUGGUACAAAAUUCAACAUUAUUAUCAAUGGCUGGAUGAAGCAACAAGCUUAUUUGUACACAGGGUUACCCUUAAGCCUCAUCUCAAAAGCAAGAAAUGUCUCCCAGAAAUGUUUUUUUGCAAUGAUUAUGGAAAACAAGUCUCAUACUUGUACAGUUUUAUGUGCAAUGCCAUUUAAUUUCCAAUGAUCUUGAAGAUAAUAUGGGAACAUUAAAUAUUUGCAUUUCAAGCAAAGGCGUUACCAUGGUUACUGCUUUAAGCAGAAAUAAACAUUUCUUGAAAUUAUUGCUUCAAGUAUAAUAGGAUGUUGAAAAUGUGCAAUUUUGCCACUUGUAAAUCUAGAUGCAUUCAUAAAUAAAUCACAGAUCAGAUUUGGUCACUUAUUCGUGUUUAAAAUUGAUUAUUCCUCAUGAAUAAUUCUACACAUGUAUUUUUAAUGUCUUGUAAAAGUGUUUCAUGUGGGGUUUGUUCUUUCCAUAAUAGUGCUGAAAUGUCUGCUUUUUCCUUUCUGCUUUUUAUUUCCUUUUGUCUAAAACGUUAAGCAAAUGUAUUCCUCUGAUCGUAAUAAUUAUAUCCAGUAAAUUGAUUACAACUUUUAAGAUGAUUGUUUAUGUAUGUUAUUGUGGUUAACAGUUCUACCAAAAGAAUAAUAAAAUGAAGUAUAUAAUAUGUGUCUGACAUAACCAAUACACCAACAAUUAUCUGGCCACUGUAUCUGUAAGAACGUUGUGAAACUGCUUGCUCUGUUGCUCUCAUUUCGAUCUAUAUUCAUGUAUGUUGUAAGCAUGUGAAAUUUUCAUAACUGAUUUCACUUGAUAAUUGAAUGUUAAAAGGCUAUCAGAUUCUGUGAAUGGAACAUUUACAAUCACGCUGUUCAUUGUUACAAAUAUUAGAUGGACAAAUCACAAAUAUUAAAUUGACAUGAAACCCAAA